AUGAGAACAAGCCCACCAAGAAAAAAUUCAAUGCGUGGUUUACAUCAUCAUGAUGCUUUGACUAAAGUCAAAAAAAUAGAAAGAAAGAGAAAUGCCAGCGUUAGCGAUGGACAUGCUUACAACAAGAAGAUCAAAAAAAUUCACGAUGAAUUCAUAGAGAAAGCCAAGGAAGUCAUUCCCGAGAAAAAGACGUCAACUGUGAAAACUCCCGACGAAAUUCUUUUCGAUCCCGAUUGUGAUCCUCAGAAUCCAGUAAAAAUCACUUUCUCUGAUAUUUCCAGCGCUGCUUUCAGCAUCAAGUCUGGAAUUCAGAAGACACCAUGCUCUCGAUCCUCACAACUGUCUACUCUCUACGGGAUGGAUUUAUAUUUCAAGAAAGAAUAUUUGCAAGUUACUGGGUCAUUCAAAGAGAGAGGUGCUCGAUAUGCGAUUUCUCGUUUGACCGAAGCUGAAAGGAAGGCUGGAGUGAUUGCCGCUAGUGCUGGCAAUCACGCUUUGGCUUUAUCGUUCCAUGGACAACAACUGGGAGUACCUGUUACUGUGGUCAUGCCUGUUGUUGCUCCUCUUAUGAAGAUAUCUUUAUGUAGAUCAUACGGGGCUAAUGUCAUUCUCAAAGGUGACAAUAUUGGAAAAGCAAAAGACUUUGCUAUGAGACAUGCUAAAGAACACGGAAUGAAAUAUAUCAAUGGUUACGACGCUGCAGCUGUCUUGGCUGGCCAAGGAACUAUAGGAUUAGAAAUUUUGGAGCAAGUCAAUGAUGUUGAUGCUGUCAUUGUGCCUGUUGGCGGUGGCGGUCUUAUUGCUGGUGUAGCUCUUGCUAUCAAAACCCUGAAACCUGCCGUUCAAAUAAUUGGAGUUGAGUCUGAGACUUGUCAAUCAUGGACUGAUGCGGUUGCAGCAGGAAAGCCCAUAUUAUCAAAUGUUAGCAGCAGUUUAGCUGAUGGAUUGGCUGUUCCUCUAGUUGGAGGAAAUUCCCUCGCAACUGCUCAUGGUUAUAUUGACAAAAUGGUUACAGUUCAUGAGGAAUUCAUUGCUUUGAGUAUUCUGCGACUUUUGGAAAUGGACAAGGCUGUAGUCGAAGGAGGUGGAGCCGUUGGUUUGGCAGCCAUCAUCAGUGGAAAACUACCUGAGCUUAAAGGAAAAAGAGUCGUUUCGAUCUUAACAGGAGGAAACAUUGACACCACCGUCCUAGGAAGAGCAAUUGAAAGAGGUCUCGCAGUCGAUGGACGUUUAAUUCGUUUGGAAGUUAUAGUAUCUGACAGACCUGGAGGUAUUGCUGAGUUGGCUACCAGAAUAGCUCAACUCGGAGCCAGCAUCAAAGAUAUAUUCCAUGAAAGGGCAUGGCUCAGUACAGAUGUGUUUUCCGUGAAGGUGAAAGUAGUAAUAGAAACAAGGGACAAAGAUCAUGUGAAAGAGAUCGAAGCAUUCUUAAAGGAGAAAUAUACUGGGGUCAUUAUUCUCGAUGUACAUUCUUAA